AAUAUUUUGUUAGAGACUAUAAAUUUUUAUCUUAGACAGGUACGCGUUUUAUCAAAGAGAAAAACCGAAGAGAAAAUAAAACAUUCUAUUGACUACACAGCCACCGGCAACGGGAUGGCGAAUCAGUUGUAUUCCCUGAUAUUCAAACAGGAACAGGCACAUGAAGACAGUAUUUGGAGUUGUGCUUGGAAGAAGAACGAAACAGAUGGAUCCGAGAACAUUAUAACUGGGGGAAUAGAUGAUCUGGUCAAAAUAUGGAGAUGGACAGACGGAAGAUUAGAUCUACGACAUGCCUUAGAAGGACAUCAGCUUGGUGUGGUUUCUGUAGACAUUAACAAAAACGGAACAUUGGCUGCUUCUAGUAGUUUAGACAGCCAUGUAAGAGUAUGGGAUAUCAUCACAGGCAAAUGUAUUAAAAGUAUUGAUGCAGGUCCAGUGGAUGCCUGGACGCUAGCAUUUUCCCCAGACUCCAAAUUUUUAGCAACAGGUAGUCACAGUGGUAAAAUAAACAUAUUUGGUGUGGACUCGGGGAGAAAAGAAAUGACCAUGGACACAAGAGGGAAAUUUACACUAAGUAUUGCUUAUAGUCCCAAUGGCCAGUAUAUUGCAUGUGGUUCUAUAGACGGGAUUGUUAAUGUUUUUGAUGUAAAUAAAGGUGUACCUAUCAACACAUUGGAAGGUCAUGCCAAGCCAAUCAGAUCUCUAUGUUUUUCACCAGACUCCCAGCUACUUCUGACAGGGUCAGAUGAUAAUACCAUUAAAGUUUAUGAAAUACAACAUGCCAUCAUGGCUGGUGCCUUGUCAGGACAUGGUUCAUGGGUACUCAGUGUAGACUUCUGUAAAGACGACACACAUUUUGUUUCAAGUUCAUCAGAUAAAACCGUAAAGAUCUGGGAUGCUGGAUCAAGGCAGUGUGUACAUACAUUCUAUGACCAUGCAGAUCAGGUAUGGUCAGCUAAAUACAGUGACGAUGGAUCAAAGAUUGUGUCAGUGUCAGAUGAUAAGUCAAUACAGGUUUAUGAAGGACCACCUGUGUAAUAUGGACACUUAUAUCAUUAUUAUUCAUCAUUAUAUCAUGCAAGUUUGGUUGGGAACAAUUAUAAAAAAUUGGUCACAGUAUAUCUUAUUGAAUGAUACUGUGUUCCUUCAUCUGCUUCUUUUUUU